GAAGUACCUGUAGCGGGAUUCUGUACACGCUUUCGUUAGCUAACGAUAUCGUUAACUAUCGACAGUUUUCGCUUGCCUACCGAUAGGUGCGAUUCUGAACACAACCCGUAACGAGACUUAUCGUUGCAAGUUUAUGUUAACGAUAUUCGUUAAAAUCUAAUCAAAACUGGCAACGUUGCGCAAUUUUGCCAACACGAUACUAGUUAUUUGAUUGGUAAAAACGGCUGAAAAUUAUGUUUCGAAAAUCCACAUGCCUAUCUACAUUAUCGCGGUUAUAUGUCGUAUGCAAAGGUAUAAUAUAUUGAAACAAGUGCCGGUUAGCAAAGAAAUUAUUGAAAGAUAAAGACGAAUUGUUUAAGUUGAGGAACAAUGAGCGCAUUAUCACGUGUAAAAAAAGUAAGGAGCGGUCGUGUGUCGGAGACACAAAUCAAGGCGAUGAUAGAUUUCAUGGAAGGUAACAAAAGCCUGGCCACUGGGAAAUUCCCUGGGAUGAACGGGAGAGAUACGUUGCGCCAGAAAUGGGACGAGCUGGGUAGCUACUUAAAUACGAUGAAGGGUGCCCAAAAAAAUAGCGCGCAGUGGCAAGUGACAUGGAGGGAUUUGAAAAGCAAAACCUCUAUGAAAAUACGAAAUAUUCGUAAUGCUAGAGCUAUGACGGGCAACAAAGAAGUAAACGAAGAAGAAAUAUCCUCACUCGACGAGCGAAUCAUCGGCUUGAUUGGAAGUUCCUACGUUGAGGGUAGCAGCGAAUGUCCAGAUAGCAUACCAGAAGAACAAGAAUUGAUUGAUCGUCUGGUUGCUGCAGAUGACACAGUGUUGGCCGAGCCACCAGUUGUUUACUCGGUAUUUUCGCAAAAUAGCGAAGAGACCAACGUUGUUUGUGAAGCAACAGCCGACGUGGCGUCAACUUCCAACCAAAUUCCUGGCCGUUCUGCUGAAAAGAGAGCUGCAGCCGUACCAGCUUCAACGCGUGCAAAGCGACUUUGUAAUCGAGAGAAGCUCAGCACGCAACUGCAAAACUCUAAACAAGAGUUUUUGGAAAUAUCCAAAACACAUGCAAAUGCGAUGACGACUAUGGCCGAAGCGAUGAAAGUUCUGGCUGAAUCGUCAUUAAUUGCUGCCAAAGCAGCUGAACAACAAGCAGCUGCUGCAGUGCAGCAAGCACAGACUGAAAAACUGAGGACAGAAGUCUUCCAAAAACUGACCAAUGUUUUAGAACAAUUUUUACCGCAAUAUUGCGAUAUGUAAUAUAGUACGUAUGGUUUUUUUU